GCGAGCUCUGUUCAAGAUACAAAAUGACAGAUUUCUCAUUAGCAUUUGCAAGAGACGUUUUAGUGAUGAUGAAAAACUUCCUCAAAAGUUUUAAGAUCCAAACCAAAUAUGGAACAACAGCAGGAGCCACAGCAUCGAGUGUCAUAAUCUCCGGCAUUGGUCUCAUGUUGAUUUAUGCCUAUACUCAGAGGAAAAAGGAGAAAAAAACCCAGCGUGUUUUCACAAGAUCAAUGUCCAUAGGAGCUCUACAUGGCGGCAGAAUAGCCAUGAAAAGAAUGCUUCAAUACCAUAAAAUGCGAGCAAACCAAGAAAUUCAACAUCAUUAUUUAGAGACGUUAGAGAACAUGACGAACACAGACACUCCUGACUUCCCACAUAUUCAGAACGUUCUGGCAAAGAUGGAAAUGAUAGGACAAGAAGACAAAGCUAUUGAGAUAUUAAAAAAAGCAGUAAAAGAAGCCAAUGAGAAAUCACUGUCAUACCAUGAAUAUGAAUAUCAGAUGCUUCUUGUAGAAGCGCUCAUUUACAAGGGAGAUAUUGAGGAGGCAGCAAAGGCUGAAUGCUUGAAUCAUGAUGAGCCUUCAGAUGUUCGACGAUUAUUGUAUAAGACAAUAAUUGAACUGCUGCUGAAUAACCCCCAAGAGGCAGAAGAAGAAUGGGAGAAGUUUAGGGAAAUGAGAGAACAAUUCUUCUUACCACCUGACAUUAAAGACUCUGGUUUUUACAAGCUCGUCAACCAUUUCGAGGAUUUUAAACGAGUCGUCGACCUGCUCAAACAAGACAUUGAUCAAAAGAAGAAAACAAAAUAAAAAGCAAACAAGCCCCCUCUAACUUUUACUGCAAUUAUGUAAAUAAUUUAGGAAACU